CGACUCAUCCUCACACACAUUCAGAGAAAAUCUGCUGACAAUAUCCAGUAGAUCCAGUAGAUCCAGUAGAACCAGUUCCUCCUGAACAUCUGCCCAGCUGCUGAAGCCUCGUCUCCUCUCUGCUGGACUCCACCUCUCCUCUCCACCAGAGGGCGCCAUGCUCCAGUAGGCGGCGCUCUCCUUGUGCUCUGUGCUCCAGCAUUGUGUCAAUAAGAAGUGGUGCUGUGAAGAGAACAAUAGUCAGACUGAAUGUUGAACAUCAGCUGCUUUCUCCUGCUGAUUUAAACCUUGUUGGACAGAUGGAACAUUGGCUGUGGAUUAUUCUGGCUGCUCUUUUCUCUGAGUGUAAAGGAGACUCAGUGAAGCAGACAGGAGGAGAAGUUGCUGCUGCAGCAGGAGAAUCACUGACUCUGGGAUGUACCUUUAAACCCAGUGGAGGAACUGAUGCCUUGUUCUGGUACAAACAAGAAGAAAACAGUUUCCCAAAGUACAUGCUUAAGCAAUACUUCACAACGAGAGAUAAAGCUCCAGAGUUCAACAACAACAGAUUCAAUGCAGAAAUCAACGACAAGACAUUCAACCUGACGAUCCAGGAUCUCCGUCUGACAGACUCUGCUGUGUACUACUGCGCUCUGCAGCCCACAGUGACAGGAAACACCAGAACCCUGAACAAAAACCUGCAGUACUGCACAGCAGCCACUAGAGGGCCUCACUCCCUUUCAGUUCAAUUCUCCAACAUCAACUCUGCUCAUCAUGGCCUAUUAUGUCUGUCUCUGCUCAUCGCCUCUCUGCUAACAGGUGUCGAGUCUCAACAACUAUCAGAGGGCGGCUUCCGCUUCUCUGACUACACAUUUUCUAAAGAAGCAUCUGGAAGCGAUGAGUUCUACUGGUAUCGCCAACAUGCAGGGAAACCUCCAGAGUUCCUGCUCUACCACCUGGGAUCAGGAAAAAUACUGAAGGAGAAACGGCUGGACUGGACAUUGAUGUGA